UUUACAAGUCGUGCUGAAGUCCAUCAUGAAGGCGAUGAUCCCACUGCUGCAGAUCGGGCUCCUCCUCUUCUUCGCGAUCCUCAUCUUCGCCAUCAUAGGAUUAGAGUUUUAUAUGGGCAAAUUCCACACCACCUGCUUCGACCUGGUCACAGCUGAGAUCAAGGUGGAGGUCCCGUGCGGGACGGACGAGCCGGCGCGGAUCUGCCCCAACGGCACCAAGUGCAAGAAAUAUUGGGAAGGGCCCAACUACGGCAUCACCCAGUUCGACAACAUCCUCUUCGCCGUGCUCACCGUCUUCCAGUGCAUCACCAUGGAAGGGUGGACCGACCUCCUCUACUAUGUGAGCCCCGGGCCCGUCCCGGGGGGGUUUUGCCCCCCCGCGGAUGAGAUCAAGGUGGAGGUCCCGUGCGGGACGGACGAGCCGGCGCGGAUCUGCCCCAACGGCACCAAGUGUAAGAAAUAUUGGGAAGGGCCCAACUACGGCAUCACCCAGUUCGACAACAUCCUCUUCGCCGUGCUCACCGUCUUCCAGUGCAUCACCAUGGAAGGGUGGACCGACCUCCUCUACUAU